AUGCUACCGUCGUCAGUCGACUUGCAACUGUUGUUGCCUUGUCUUGAGCCUCGGGGGCUCAACCAGCUCAACCAGGUUCCGGAUUGGUCGGAAGAUGAUCCCUUCGUGUCUUCCGUCGUGUGUGCACACGCCAGUCUGGUCGGUAGUUCAGUUUGUCGCCUGGUCUACCGGUUGUCUGCCGCGAUAGCAGCAAAUGAUACCACGGCCCAGGUACACGACAAGCCGGGCGCGAACCAGCGUCGAGAGUACGCCUAUCCUAUCGUUGUUCUGCUGACCUUUGUCGACAUGGCACCGCACACAUGUUGA